GCGAUCUCAAUUCCCGGACGAUGAUGGAGCUGUUGCGGGUCAGCGGUCUCCUUGUGCUCCUAGCAGCAUUGAGCAGCCCCUGUGCUUCGGAGGAUACUUGCGAUGCCUUGGGGGAAACCAACUCGUGCACCUUCGUGCGUUCUGUUUUUGAGCGCGACCUGCUUCAACGCACACCGUCGUACCAAUCUAUCCUCCAGGAGGAAAAGCGACACAGCUCAGAUGUCGACACGAAGCGCUUUGCUGGGGAAACGCUGGGGUAUGUGACACCGUGGAACAACCACGGGUACGACACAGCCAAGCUCUUUCGUUCGAAGUUUACGUACAUUUCACCCGUGUGGUACCAGAUCCGCCACAGCGACCACGGGAAACCGAUCUUGACAGGUGGUCACGACGUCGACGUGGGAUGGAUCGCAGCAGUCCGCGGAAAAGUGGCUGGACCACACAUUGUGCCGCGGUUUAUGUUUGAAAUGAACUCACUGUCUCCACAAGAAUCGACACGCAUUGUGCAGCUGAUCCGCCAGGAAGUCAAGUCGCAAGGGUUUGACGGUAUCACGCUAGAGAUUCCUGUGCUCCAAGUCACCUUUGAUUUGAUUCGGUCGUUGGGCCAAGCCUUGAAGGAGGAUGGCCAUCUCUUCAUCUUGGUCCUGCCCACGAGCCAGCGCAAUGGGCAACUGACCACACCCACAGAGCUGAUUGCGAAGGUGCUGCCGUUCGUCCAUCGAUUCUCCAUGAACGCUUACGAUUACUCGAGCAUGGGCCCGAAUGCUCCCUUGCCGUGGCUCAAGGCGACGUUGGAAGCGCUCAAGCCCCUCAAAAGCAACGAAAAGUUCCUCAUCGGUCUAGCUUUCUAUGGCUACGACACACGAGACCCGAUUGUCGCGUCCAAGUAUCGCGAGCUCCUUGAAACUCACCGUCCCGCAAUCGAAUGGGACGGCUCGGCGCACGUACAGCAACCCCUCGGUCAGUCGUUCGACGUCGUCAUCACGCCGUGUGGCGUAGGAAUGCUUUUUCCGCUACCCAAACCAGCACGUCGUGUACUACCCUUGCCUCCAAUCGAUUCAAGACCGUCUCGAGCUGUACACGUCGGCGCAGACUGGCGCAGCGGUUUGGGACAUAGGACAAGGACUCGACUAUUUCUUCGACCUCCUUUGAUCACAAAGCCAGAAAUUGCAAUACAAUUCGGUUAAAUCGCAGUAUUAUCCGUAUUUUUGUGUUG